CAAACACACACCGGAACCAUGAAGAUCAUUGUUGUCCUCUGCUUGUGUGCGGUCGCUUUGGCGUCCGAGACUGGCACCACACGUGUCAAGAGAGGAGGAUCACCAUACGACUUCCACGUUCCAUCGUACCACACCAAAACAAUCGUCAAAAAAAUCCCGGUGCCAUAUCCAGUGCCCAAGCCAUACCCUGUAGUCAAACAUGUGCCCGUGCCCAUCAAAGUACCCUACAAAGUUGUAGUACCAAAACCGUAUCCAGUGGCUGUGCCUAAACCGGUGCCAAUACCAGUUGAAAAAAGCGUACCAGUCCCAGUACCCGUAUCGAAACCAGUGCCAGUACCAGUUAAAGUAGGCGUUGAAAUUCCUUACCCAGUUAAGGUACCGUACGCAGUACCAAAACCGUUCCCAAUCACCAUCCCAACUCAAGUCAAAGUACCUUAUCCUGUGGUCGUUGAAAAGUCGGUACCCGUUUACAUUAAGGGUGAUGGAGGUCACGGAGAUUUCGGAGGUGGUUUUGGCGGUGGUAGCUACAAAGUUAUCGGUUAUUCUGGAGGAAUUGGCGGUGGUUUUGGACACGGUUGGAAUUAAACCACUUUCUUUGCUUCACAAUUUUGUGUAUGUUAAGGUCCACUUGUUGAAAUUUUUGUGAUAAUAAUUGUUGUUAUAUAUUUUUAACUUCCAAAUAAAAGUUUU